AUGGAUAAUAAUCACAGUGAAAUAGUUAAUAAUCACGAUCACAAUCAUGGUAACAACAAUAAUAAUGAUAAUAGUGACGAAGAAAUAAUUAAUAAUCCAAAUAUUAUUGAUAAUAAUAAUAAUGGUAUCAGUAACAAUAAUAAUAGUAUCGAAAUUGACGGUGAGGAAGAUUUGGUUGAAUGCAAAUGCCAAUUAUGUAGGAAAGGACCACCCUCAUUAAAAGGAAAAGCAAACAAAAACGGAUUAUGGAAAAGACGUUUGGAAGUUGCCCUCUUUGUAUUAAUUAAUAAACAACUGGAUGACUAUAGAAACGAAAAAAAAGGUGAUGAAUCAAUUGAGUCCCUUAUAAAAAACAAUCCAUCUCUUGUUUUAACACCCAAACAAAAGAAAGAGCUUUCAAAGCUAGAAAAGAUAAAAUAUUUUCAUACAACCGAGAUUACGGAUUUUAUGUCAACUCAUCGACAUCUUUUAGGUUUGGAUGGACUUUUAAAAGACGAAGCAGACUGGAAGCAUCCAUUGGUCAAAACCUUAUCGAAUCAUAAAGAUGUAUUUAAAACUGGUUACCAUGUUUUAUUUGAAAAAAGAGGAUAUUGGAGCUUACACGAAUUAAGAGAUCCAUGGGUGGACGAUGACUUGUCAAAAAAGAAAAAUAAAAAGUUUGCAAAUAGUAUAAAUAUUACAGCAACAUCAUCAGCAUCUCCAACCAACACAGAGAAAACAGCAGAAGGAGGAGAUGCAGUUAACGAUUUGGAAAGUGAAGCUAAAAAAUUUAAACCAGCUAUGAUUUUAAAGAAACGUAUAAAGAGAAUUUGUGGUUUUAUUGGUAAAGGUGGUUUGCCAUGCCAACGUAUUGGUAUCUGCAGGCAUCAUUCUAAAAUUGUCGAUGGUAAAAGAGUACUUAGUGAAACAUCAAUAAUAGAUACAACAAGCAGCGAUGAAGAUAGUUUUGGCCAUGCUGAGGAUGAAUUAAGUGAUGAGGGAAGUGAUUUCGAAUUUAAUAAUAAUAAUAGUAGUAAUCUUCAAAGCGAUGAUGAACGUCAAAUUCAAGAAAGACCAAGUAAAAAAAAUAAAAAACAACACCAAUUAGAAAAUAGUGAAAAAAAAAAGAGAGCUAAAAAUAAAGAUAAUAAUAAUUCAGAUAUUUCAAAAAAAAGUAAUGGUUUAAUAUUUAGUAGUAGUGUUAUAGUGAAUGGUAGUUUAAAUAUUGUUAAUAGUAAUAGUAUUAGCCAUAAUACUAUUCCUAAUAAUCCUAUUAGCACUAAUGAUAAUAUGAAUAAUAAUAAUAGUAAUAAUAAUCAUAAUAAUAAUAGUAUUAGCAAUAAUCCUAACAUGAAUAGUAAUAAUAUAUAUAAUAAUAGCAACUUCUAUAAUUUAAUUGGAGAUAAUAAUACUAUCAACGAUUUAAAUGAUAAUAUUCAGAUUGGUGGAAACAAGAUGAAGGUGUCGAAAAUUGAAAAUUUGGAAUCUUUAAAUAGUUCUGAAUAUCAAAAAGAGGACCAAUAUCAAUAUCAAUAUCAAGAGCAAGAGCAAAAGCAAGAGCAAUAUCAAGAGCAAUACCAAGAGCAAGAUCAAGAGGAAGAUUCAGAUGAGGAUCAAGAGGAAGAGGAAGAUUCAGAUCAAGAUUCAGAUCAAGAACAAGAUUCAGAUCAAGAACAAGAACAAGAUCAAGAACAAGAAACCUCAAAUUCAGAUACACUCGAUUCAUCAGUGGAAUCAUCUGACAACGAUUCAUCAAGUAAUGUUGAGGAACAAGAUAGCCAAUCGGAAAUAGAAUCAAUUAAUUCAGACGACGAUUCAGAUUCAAAUAGUUCACAGUAUUCGGAUAUAUCGGAAAAUCAACAACAACAACAACUAGAAGAGCAGCAACAACAAAAUAUGUUUAGAUAUAAUAAUCAAUCACCAGAUACUUUUUAUAAUAAAAAUAAAAAUAAAAUAAAAAAUAAAAAUAAAAAUUAUAGCGAAGAUGAUGACGAAGAAAAUACAACCGAUGAUGACGAAGAUGAAAGUCCAAUCAUUAGAAACACCUUAUUUCAAUAUGUCGAGCCAGUCGUUGUUGAUAAAUCAAAUAUAAGAAUAUUAGAAAACGAUAUUAUGGAAAACUUUAAUUUUAACAAGGUAUUAAUGCAUUUAUUAGAAAAAGAUUUAAAAACCGAUGUAUUUAAAUUAGCAGUUGAGUUUGUAAGAUUCAUCCUACUAAAAUUUGCGACAAAUGAUUUUUAUGGUAACUAUUGUAAUGAAUCUCAUAAUUUAAAAGCAAGUCCAUUGGUUGGUAUUUUUUGGCAAGCUUUAAUCCAAGAUUCUGUAUUAUAUGUUAAAUUUUCAAAUUUAUUUGGUGUAUCCCUUAUCGAUUUUGAUCCAGAGACUGGUGAAUCUAAUAAAGAUAAAUAUUUUAAUACAUUAAAGGUAUAUAAAAAAUAUUAUAUAGAUAUAGAUGAUGAAAUUGAAUUUCAGCAACAACAACAGCAACAACAACAACAACAACAACAACAAAAGUUUAAUAAAAACAAUAAUUAUAUAGAUGAUAAUAACAAUAAUGAUGACGAUUACGAUAGCAGUAAUUAUAUAGAUGAUAGCAACGAUAGGGAUGACGAUAGCGAUAGCGAUAGUGAUAAUAAUAACGAUAGCGAUAACGAUAACGAUAAUUAUAAUGAUAACGAUAAUGAUAAUAAUAAUGAUAACAAUAACGAUAACGAUAACGAUAUCAAUAUCAAUAACGAUAGCGAUAACGAUAACGAUAACAAUAACAAUAACAAUAACAAUAACAAUAACAAUAACAAUAACAAUAACAAUAACAAUAACACUAACGAUAACGAUAACGAUAAUUAUAAUUAUAAUUAUAAUGAUAAUGAUAAUAAUGAUAAUGAUAAUGAUAAUAAUAAUAAUAAUAAUAAUAAUGAUAAUGAUAAUAAUAAUGAUAAUAAUAAUAAUAAUAAUAAUAAUAAUAAUAAUAAUAAUAAUAAUAAAUAA